CAUCACCGGAGACAGAAUGACACGAUUGGAGGACAUCGGGACGGGUGGGCGGGGCGAGAUACUCGGCUGAACCUAUCAGCAAGCCGCGCGACCCGCAGAAAAAAGAGAAGCGAAAGAGGGGAAAAAGUAGGAGACGGAGCGGGAGGUUUUUCAAUCGCGGCGGGGGGAGUGGGGCGCGUAGACUCGUGUAGCGCUUGUUGUAGUUUGUGUGCAUUUUGUUGCGGACUUGUGUGAGACCACCCCGCGCGCGCUCACUCUCAAACCCGCGCUCACCGACGUAGCUACCGUACCUACGCUACGCCGUCGGCCGUACGUCCACGUGGCGACAUCUACGUCGACACAACGUAGCCGACACACGACGUAAGCGUCACCUCCUCAAAAACCGACAAAACUGGACACGAAGGAGAGGCUUGGAGGGGAGAGAGGGGUGGAAAUCGGUGGUGGGGAGUAACCGAAGGCGCUACGGAUUCUCCCUCCGAAAAAUAGCUUUUUUCGGCGGGGGUUUUCGGUUUUCGUUAUCACGUCCCCUCCUAUCCUACCGUGCCUUCUGUCACUCGCAGUGCGAACGCGAGCGGAGAAAAAAUCGAACACUCGGAACAUUAUUUCGUGUGGGUGGCUCAGUGCGUAUACCGUAUAGCGUGUGUGUGACUGUGUAGCAUGCGUGUAUCACAUGCCGUGAUACCGACGAUAGGCGUACAUGUGGACUGAUGGAUAAACUGUGAACUGUGAAGGUGACUAUGCUGUGACUGGCCGGACCCCGUACAAUGUCCACGUACCCGCUCAGAGGCUCGCCGAAUAAUCAGACUAGCGCGCCUACCACGACUCCUCCUCGGUCCGCUUCACCGCCUCCUGCAGUGUCCUCUCCCCCGCCUCGCUGCUGUGAUACCGGGCGACCUCUACUGCAUCCCCUCACAGGUCAGACCGUGUGCUCCUGUCAGUACGACCUCCUCUACCCCAGACUCGGCGGAGCCCCUGCACUGCCUACCCUCAGCUACGGGCCGCCCUACCCCGAGGGUAUGGCCGCAUACUUCCCCGCUCUGGGAGCUGAACAGUCGCCCUUCUUCACCUCCGCGGCUGCUGGGCUGGAACUGAAGGAGAACCUAGCGGCUGGUGCUGCGACAUGGCCCUACCACGUCUAUCACCCCUACGACACCGCCUUCGCCGGAUAUGCCUUCAACGGCUACGGCAUGGACCUGAACGGCGCACGGCGAAAGAACGCGACACGAGAGACGACCUCUACGCUGAAGGCGUGGCUGAACGAGCACAAGAAGAACCCUUACCCGACCAAAGGCGAGAAGAUCAUGUUGGCGAUCAUCACCAAGAUGACGCUGACGCAGGUGUCGACGUGGUUCGCCAACGCGCGACGGAGACUGAAGAAGGAGAACAAGAUGACGUGGGAGCCUAGAAACAGGGUGGAAGACGAAGACAACAACAACGACGAAGUACCUGGAGGAAGAAAGAGCGCCGACAACAAGGAUAACCUAGACUCCAAGGACUCCGGAACAGGCGAGAGUGAGGACGGUGACAGAGACCGCAGCCACCAACUCCUGGACAGACCUCCCAGUAGCGAGUACAGCGGCUCUAGGCCAGGCUCUCCAGAAUGUCUCCAGCACUUCCUGCACCCAGCGUACCACCCGUCACCCCUCCCUACAGCGCCAGGGUCCUCCCAGCCCGCCAAGUCCAAGAUCUGGAGUCUAGCGGACAUGGCCAGCAAAGAGCCGGACCGGGGGAGGUUGGUGUCGCCGCUGGCUAGAGGCGUCCACCCCCUUCAUCACCCGAGUUACCCGCACGACUUCUACCGGAGUUUCUACCCUCACCUGCCGGCGCCGUCGGACCCCGCGCUACUGGAGAGCUACUCCCGCCAGUUCGCCGCAGGGUCCACGGGCAACUUGUCGUCUGUGGCCGCCGUGGUCGCCGCCGCUGCCGCCGCCUCCUCGGGGGCCGGUAACGCCACGACGCCCUUCGGCCUCGCCGUCACGACGGGGGCGUCUUCAGCGUCGUCGUCAGGGUCUUCGGUGUCGGACAACAAGACCGAGAGAGCUUGACCCCGCACCAACUCACCUCUCAGAUGAAGUAAAGACGCUGUGGUCGCGGUGUGAACUAUCGGAUACUUAUAUCGAACUGUGGUGUCAAACAGUGUAUUCGUAUUCACCGAUAUACAAUCGACGUGUAACGAUGCGAUAAGUAAAUCUAGUACGAGUCGUACGUGAUGGACAAUAACUUAUUUAUAAAUAUCGAUGUGAUUUAUUUGUUAUUUAAACUCUUCUUUGUGAUACCGUUUUAAAUGCUAGUAAAACGAUGUAAGCCGUGUAACCAUAUGUACAGAGUUGCAAUAUAUUGAUGUAAAUGUGAUAUAUAUUCGGUUUAGUGAAUUUCAUUGUUGAGGUUUUGUCUACAUGGAUUUUGCGGUUUUUAGAGCGAUUCAUUUGUUUUCUCCAUUCAUGUGUACUUCGCAUUACUUUGUCUCGUGUUAUCACAACCUACCUCAACGAUAUUCUGCAAUAUACGUAAAUGUGAGCUAUCAACUUACAGUAUUUGGGACAAAUCUAUUUUCACUUCUGAAUCUUUCUUUUAAAAUACUUUAUUUCUUAGGAGAACGUUUAUACUCUCCUUCCUUAACAGUUGGCUCUGUUGAGUUGUUUAGCUUUAAACCUCUUACAUAAGUCGCCCAACACAUUGUAUUCUAUGGCAAUGCCUGAUUCUAUGUAUUGUUAUUGUUGAUUAAGGCAAGUUUUGCUUGUACAGAUGGGCGUGUUGAGUUGUCCAGUUCACUUUAAUUGAAACUAGUCAGUUGGGCGGAAUAUUUAUUUUCUAUUUAUAAUGGAACUACAAGGAAAAUUGUUACUUUACGCUUUUAAAAUCUAUCCAAAAUGACCGCAAAUAUGUUUCUUUUAUUUGACACUUUCAAUUCUCGUGGGCAUUUUACAUUUAACGAAAUUUAAAUAUUUACAGUUUUACAUGUUAAUAUUCCAUGUUGUUGUUUUUCCGUGCUUCAAAUUUUUACCAAACAAGAAAUCUAUGUAGUUUCGAGUUACUAAAUAUUUAUGUGAUUCAUUUAUAGAGUUUUAACAUUAAUUGGAACUGUCGAAUAAAAGAUUUUGCGGCGCUUAGGCAGAGCACUGAUGUAGAUAUACCUACAAUACACUCCAUGUAUAUUUAUGUAUAAUGUAGAUCUAU